CUCAAUUUAUUCUUUUCUCUUGAGCAGGAAGUGAAAUUAACUCUGUUAUUAAAAAUUAAGUCAGUAGAUUAAAUUAAGAGGAAAAUAGUUCCAGACUCAACUAGAGUUGUCUUUGGCUUUCUGAAAUUAUCUUGCAGGAUGUCUGAAAGUGAUGGCAGCCGCCACUCUGAUUCCGACCAUGGUGGUAGCGACUCUGAAGGUGAAAGAGGUGGUCGUGGCACUAAACACAGCAGAGCCCGACAGUACUCAGAUGAGGCUGAGGAGGCCAGAAGUGGGGAUGAGGAGCAGAGUGGUGAUGAGGAACCUGCUGAUGGGGAGGAUAUAGCUCAGUCGGAACGAGACAGUGAGGAAGAUGAAGAAGAUGAAGACAGGCCUCGGAAGAAGAAGCGUCGCAAUGCAGUUGCUGAUUAUUUCCUUGUGGAAGCUGAAGUGGAUGAUCCUGAUGGUGAAGAAGAGGACGACGAUGAGGUUGAAGACUACGACUUGCUUGGCAAUGAACGUGACGAGGUGGGCGUAACUGCCCGUGAGAUUGAAGCUAGUCGCCGCGCCAGCAACAUUUGGGACAAUGAAAAGGAGGAGGAGAUUGAGGAGUACUACAGACGCAAGUAUGCCGAGGAGACAUCCGCCGGGGCCCGCUUCGGCGUGGGCGGUGAAGACAUGAGCGAUGAGAUCACCCAGCAAACAUUGCUGCCUGGCGUCAAAGAUCCUAACUUGUGGAUGGUUAAGUGCCGCAUUGGCGAAGAGAAAGCAACGGCGCUGCAGAUGAUGCGUAAAUACAUUGCAUACCAGCACACCGAAGAGCCUUUGCAAAUAAAGUCGCUGGUUGCGCCGGAGGGAGUCAAGGGCUAUGUCUACAUCGAAUCCUUCAAACAGAGCCAUGUCAAGCAGGCUGUGGAAGGUGUGAGCAACUUACGAAUUGGUCUGUGGACCCAGACUAUGGUGCCUAUUCAGCAAAUGACCGACGUUCUGAGAGUCGUGAAGUCCGUACCGAGCUUGAAAAAGAAUGUUUGGGUACGUCUCCGGCGUGGCAUCUUCAAGGAAGACCUUGCACAAGUUGAUUAUGUUGACUCAAGCCAAAACAAUGUCAUGUUGAAACUUAUUCCACGCAUUGAUUACACAAAGAAACGUGGCUUGCUCAAGACGUCGCAAGGAGAUGAUAAACGUAAGAAAACUCCACGUCCUCCCCAAAAACUUUUUGAUAAUGUUGCCAUUCAAGCCAUAGGUGGAUUGGUGACACAAGAUGGUGACUUCCUUGUCUUUGAAGGUAACCGCUACACAAGAAAAGGUUUUCUCUACAAGCAGUUCAACAUGAGUGCAAUCAUGUUUGAGGGAGUCAAACCGACACUAGCUGAGCUAGAAAAGUUUGAGGAGCAGAAUCUGACUGAUGUUGAGCUGACAACGGCUUCAACUGAUGAAGAGUCGCAUAACUUUGCUCCUGGCGAUAAUGUGGAGGUUGUUGAAGGUGAGCUGGUCAACCUCAUGGGCAAAGUGACGCGCGUGGAUGGAGCGCGUAUUUACAUCAAGCCUAAUCACGAGGAUCUUAAAGACGAUCUUGAGUUCUUUGCUCAUGAGCUUAAGAAAUAUUUCCGGCAAGGAGACCAUGUUAAAGUGAUUGCUGGUCGCUAUGAGGGAGACACAGGGCUAAUUGUACGAGUGGAAGAAAACCUCAUUGUUUUGUUCUCUGAUCUGACAAUGCACGAGCUACAAGUGCUGCCACGUGACCUGCAGCUAUGCGCAGAUGUAGCAACUGGUGUUGAUUCUCUGGGUCAGUUUCAGUGGGGUGACAUGGUUGCCAUUGAUUCCCAAACUGUCGGCGUUAUUGUUCGACUUGAGAAAGAAAGUUUCCAAGUUCUGACAAUGCAUGGAAAAAUUCAGUACGUAAGGCCACAAGCCGUGCAUAAGAAGAAGGAGAACAGACGAGCAAUGGCUCUUGAUUCGGAACAGAAUACCAUCCAGAUUAAUGAUAUUGUCAAGGCUGUUGAUGGACCAUACACUGGGGAGCACGGUGAAAUGAAACACCUUUAUCGCAACUAUGCCUUCCUCUAUAAUAAAACUCAGCUGGAAAAUGGAGGUAUAUUCGUUUGCAAAACACGUCACUUGCUUCUUGCUGGAGGAGGGAAAGGCAGCAGUGGUGUGGGUGGCCCCAUGGGGGGCGUUGGUGGCCUCGGCUUCAUGUCACCUCGUCUCACGUCACCAGCGCACUCAGGGUCGGCAUCGGAGCGAUCCGGAGGCUUCGGUGCGGGUGGCGGUGGAGGAGAUCGUGGGGGCGGUCGGGGCCGUGGUCGAGGUCGUGGCGUUGGUCGGGAUCGAGGUCUUAUUGGUGUGACCAUCAAAAUCACACAGGGACCUUACAAAGGACAUGUGGGCAUCGUCAAGGAUGCUACCGACUGCACAGUGCGUGUGGAGCUGCACUCAAAGUGCCAGACAAUCAUUGUGGAUCGUUCUCGCGUUGCUCCCGUGGGUUCUACGAGCACUCGCUCUGCUGGCUCCUUCACUGCAUCGCAUACUCCUCAAUGGGGUUCGCAGACUCCCAUGUACGGGGUUGCUGGUGGUGCCCACACUCCCAUGUACGGCUCUCAGACGCCUCAGUAUGAUGGCUCAAGGACUCCAAAUUUCGGUUCGAUGACUCCAUCUCACGAACCUGGAAGUCAGACGCCUGGCAGGCAAAGUGCAUGGGACCCGAAUAUCACGAAUACUCCUGCUCGGUCCUCCGACUUCGACGAGUACUCUUAUGAUGAGGCGACACCUUCUCCUGCCUACAACCCUGGUGGUGGAGCUGGAGGUAACACUCCAGGAUACCAAAGUGAUGUUGGCCAAGGUCCAUACACACCGGCCACUCCUGGCGCUGCAUACAACAGUGAUAACAACUACAGCCCUUACAACCAACCCGAUCCUUCUCCUCAAGCCUACCAGCCUGGCUCGUCUCCGUCUGCGUAUGCAGGCACUCCAUCACCCGCCGGUACUGGGGCUUAUCAAGCAACCCCUUCUCCCGGUGGGUCUGGCUACGCGUCGCCAUCACCUCUUGCGUACAGCCCCAUGACCCCGGGGGCUGCAUCACCCUAUACGGGCUCCACAGGCGUCGACAGCCUAGGCAUGCAGGACUGGCAGAGUGUUGACAUCGAAGUCAAGAUUCGUGCGACGCACGAUGAUCCCGGUCUCAGCGGACAAGUGGGCGUGAUCCGCAGCAUCACCGGUGGAAACUGCUCCGUAUUUUUGCCUGAAGAGGAACGUGUGGUCAACAUCAAUGGCGAACAUUUGGAGCCUGUGGUGCCCGUGCAAGGAGAUCGAGUUAAGGUGAUCUUCGGCGAAGACCGUGAGCAGAUGGGCUCAUUGCUGUCCAUCGACAACAACGAGGGCGUCGUCAACAUGGACCACUCGGACCUGAAGAUGCUGCAGCUGCGAUACUUGUGCAAAAUGAGCAGUCAACAACAGUAACUUUGCUUGUUCCAUGACUGUUGCGGUGUGAAAAAAUUUGGUGAAAUGGAUAGAACAAAAAACGCGUUGCUUGUUCUAGUACGUGCAUAAAAAGCUCAAAUUGAGUCAUCUAGCUGCAGUACUGAAACCUCUUUUGUUUCUUGUCAUGUUUUAAAACGGUAAUUGAUGAAAAAUGCAUGAAUUACACGCAUUUCAUCUUAAAAAGUGCAUAAACAUAUAAAACUCGUAUGAAUCUGACAACAUUCAAGAUACUUUUAUUCUUAUUAUUAUAAUUAUUUUUCCUAUUGAUGGCAAGUAAUAAGAGUGGUAAAAAAAUAUAGAAUGAACAUACUUGAACUGUUUGAGAAGCUUAUAGUGUUCUUAUUUUGUUCGUUAAGCUAUGUACGUCUGUGGCUCGAUAAUGACGUCUCAACCUCGGAAUUUUCAUAUAUCCAAAAGUUUUUUAUGAUUGUAAGAUGGAAUAGAUUUGAAACGUAUAUAUUGUACGUCAAUCUUUAACAUGGAUUUAGAUUAUCUAAAUAGAUGCCGGAAAGACGUUUAGUUCCGAAUUUAAAUACAUGUUAUUAUUUGUUACCGAUAAUUGGAUCGGCACAAUGAAGGAAGAUGAGCAGCUGUGUUAGUCCGAGAACUGCUCCGUGAGCGUGAGAUGUAACUCGGAUUUUAAACAUCUGUGGAUAAUUUCCCUAUGUAACUCUUUGCUGUCACACGUCUUGAUGCUUGCGCCGAUUCACAUGCUACUGAAGAAUAAGCACCUGUCUCAUACUACCGUUGACUAGUGAAGGUUUUGGUCAUGCUGCCCAUUAAGCUUUGAACUAACGAACGUAACUAGAGCUCUUGGAAUCGAACGAUGUCGUCAUGUAUAUGCACAAUAAUAUUUACUGCUUGUAAUUACGUGCCUAUCUCCUUGUUAUUUGAGACUUAUCAGGAAGUAAUGGGAGGUAAUAUUCGGUUAACCUCUAGUACAUGAAACGAAUAAUUCGAUUAGUGUCCCCCAGCUAGCCUUUCUUUCUCGCACGAUUCAUUGCUUUUAGGAAGCCACGAAGAUGUUUAUACGUUAUCAUCCUUUGUUUUGUAUUAUUAUCUGAUUUUUUUUAAUUGAGUGUGCGCAGUUAAGUGUAUUACCUGGUUCGCUGAGAGUCUACCUUCUACCAUUUGCUGAGAGUCUACCUCUACCAUUGGCUGAGAGUCUACCUCUACCGUUUGCUGAGUGUCUGCCUCUACCGUUUGCAUCGUAGGACUCUUGUGUCAUGGCCUCAUUGAAUCGUACUUCGGUUUUGCUUAGUAAAAUAAGUCUCACCACC